UAAAAUUCCUGUAAGCGCACAAGCAUGUCAGAUGUCAGCGGAUCAAAGUACGAGACAAAAUACUUCAAGCCUAACAAUCCAAGUCUGACUGUUCACGUAUAACUGCAACUGUCAGCUGAAUAUAGACUGCAUGUGCAAUGCGAUUAUUAUAUUACAGAUCUUGUCAAGUGUAACUUUCAUAUAUAAGAGCAUCAGAAGAUCAAAUUUAAAUUCGCUGAAACGAAUGCUCAGAUAGUAAUGUAACAAUGGCGGGCGAGGAGAGAGUUUGCAUCGCGACAGUUGUAUCACUUAGCAUGUUUGAUGUGAUCAAAAAGCAAAAAUCUAUGAAAGAAGACUACAACUUUAUCAAGUGGUCAGAAGUGAUCAAGAACCCGGAUCAAUACCUCGAAAGGAUCCAAGGAUUGGUUGUAUCUCCUAUAGAGCAUGUUACACUCACCGAUGAACUCUUGACCAAGAUGACGAGUUUAAAGGUAGUAUCGUCCGUAGGUGUUGGUGUAGAUCAUCUUGAUAUACCUCUCUUAAGGAAGUAUGGUAUUAAGGUCGGUUAUACACCUGACGUAAUCACCCAACCAACGGCUGAUCUAGCUUUCACAUUACUAAUGGCCAUAGGGAGAAGAAUACCAGAAAUGAUGGAAGUGGCUAGAAGUUACGAGGUUGGCGAAAAAUUCCAAAUCGAGCGAAGUUUUCGACGUCGUGGACAGGAUAUCUUCGAAUCGACACUGGGCAUCAUAGGUUUGGGUAAAAUAGGGCUGGAGAUUGCCAAACGAGCGACGGGAUUCAGAAUGAAAAUACUCUAUCAUAAUAGGAAACAAAGAUCAAAAGAGAUCGAAGAAUCUGUUCACGCCACCUACGUUCCGACCUUAGAGGGAAUCCUGCCGAAAGUUGAUUUCUUGAUAUUAUGCACCCCUUUAACACCUGACACUAGACACAUGAUUACGAUAGAGAAACUCAAAUUAAUGAAGUCAUCAUCAUUUCUUAUCAAUAUAGCAAGAGGUGGAAUAGUUAAAACAGAUGACUUAGUAGAGGCUUUAAGAAGCAAGUUGAUCGCUGGAGCUGCAUUAGACGCCACAGACCCCGGGAUCUUACCCAAAGAACACCCACUCCUGAACAUGUCUAAUGUGAUAGUAUGCCCCCACGCGGGGGUAUUUACAGAGGGAGGGUUGGAUGCAAUAUAUGGACUAGGUCUGGAUAAUCUAAGAGCUGCCAUUGAAAACAAGCCUAUGCCCGCUGAAUAUCUUGAUUGAUUCCAUUUUAUUAUUGUCAAUAGUUUAAUCAUUACGCCAGUGCCAUCAUUAC